UUUCUGGUCAACUGCGGACUAGUACAGAGAAUGAAAAUUGUGACGCAGUUGUGUAAAACAUCUCUCAUUGCCUUGCUGCAGUAGCAGCACUGUCCCCGGCCUUGCGGGGCACCUACAACCAGCUGCUGCUGCAAAACUGUCUGCGCAAUGCUCAUGUGCCGGUGAGCAUAUGAUAGGAGAUUAUUUUUUUAAAAACAAUGUAAAAUGCAUUCAAUCAGUUGGGGUAAAUGUUGAGGGGGUAAGAGGGGGUCUGAAAGAAGUAGUUGUUUUGUGAAGGCUUUGGGAGUUGUAGUUUAAUAGCACAGCCGGAGCUUAUCUUUCAAUAGCCCCUUUGACGGAAAUGGACUACAACGCCCAUACUCCCAACUCUCUAGAUACUUUGUAAACUCUGUGCAAGUUGCGCGUCUGCACUGCUAUUUUAGGUAUGCAGCUAGUGCUAUCCGCUCGGCUGUGUGUGUAUGUGUGUGUGUGUUUUGCCCGGUUUUUGGCCUCUACAAACACGCUACAAGCGUCCGUGUUUGAUGACAGCUUUCGGACGGGGAUGUGUACAUGACAUCUGGCGACAAGAUUUUCAGCUGAAUUCCCACUUGACUACACUGGCCAGCAUCCAUAAGAUCCACCACACCUUGCACAGGCUGAACCUGACAGAAGACGUUGGACAGGAUAGCCACCCCUCAGCUUGUUGCUCUAGAGCCAUGCCUCCUAGGAAAAAGAGGAGACCCUCUGCUGGAGAUGACAUGUCAGCCAAGAAAAUCCGCCAGGACAGCGUUUUCAGAAAACAUGAAACAUCACAAAUCCGUGAGGAGGAGACAUUUUCCAGUAAAAGAUGCUUGGAGUGGUUCUAUGAAUAUGCAGGUUGUGACGAUGUGGUGGGCCCAGAGGGCAUGGAGAAGUUCUGUGAGGACAUUGGAGUGGAGCCAGAGAAUGUGGUGAUGUUGGUUCUGGCUUGGAAGCUGGACGCCCAGAGUAUGGGAUACUUCACCCUCCAGGAGUGGCUGAGAGGCAUGGGCUCGCUGCAGUGCGACUCCACAGAGAGGCUGAGGAACUCACUCGACUACCUGAGAUCUGUCCUAAACGACAGCACCAGUUUUAAGCUCAUUUAUAGAUAUGCCUUUGAUUUUGCUCGGGAAAAGGAUCAGAGGAGUUUGGACUUGAACACAGCCAAGUGUAUGCUGGGUCUUCUCCUGGGAAAGACGUGGCCUCUGUUUCCUGUGUUUAAUCAGUUUUUAGAGCAAUCCAAGUACAAAGUCAUCAACAAAGACCAAUGGUGCAAUGUUUUAGAGUUCAGCAGGACAAUCAACCUGGACCUCAGUAACUAUGAUGAGGAUGGUGCCUGGCCAGUUUUGUUGGACGAGUUUGUGGAAUGGUACAAGGAAAGACAGAUGUCAUAGGCGCGGAGCAAAAUGGAGAAAUGGAAAAAAUACAACUGUGACAACAACGACUAUGAGAAUCAACAAACAAUAAGUAAACAAUACAAAAAUGGUAAAGCAGUGACAGUGGGUGCUUCCUGGUAGAGGAGGGGUUCGGACUGUGGGUGGGCUAGGGUGGGGGCACUGGGUUUGCAGCCUGGGGGCAUGCUGCCCAGAGCGCGGAGGGCUGCCAUUGUGGAGUUAUGUUCCCUACCGAAGUUGCAUAGUGGGCAAGCUUGCAGCAAUCCCCAGUGGCAUUGCUCUCUCUCACUGUGACAUGUCAUAUUGCUGUCUGUGUUAGGAUAACAUGGUAUCAUACGUGGAUGAUGGAAGCAAAAAUGGUAUUGUGUGGGGGGACCACUCCUCACCCCUUGUCUUCAGCACAGAGAAACCAACAGAAGUGACCAUUCAUGCAUUGUGUCUGAGUCUUAAACAGGGUCACUUUGACCUGGGCACAUUUAAAUAUUAUGUAUCUGUGCAAUGAACUUGAACUUGAGCUUUUCUGGACAGAUGGCACUAACUAUUGUUUGUCAUAUUUUGAGUUAGAUAGAAGUUCUUCAAGAAGCACACUGUGUCAAAUGGUUGAUCGCAGGUUUCUGAUGCCUGUGUUGUUUACUAUUGAUUUGUGCCAGUGAUUUCUUUUAUUUUUCUUUUUUCUCUCCCUCCAGUUUCUGUUCUCUCCUGCUGUUUUACUCCAGCUAAUGCUAUCAGUUUGCUCAACCCCCCCCUGCAAAGGCUUCAGACCUCAUAACACCAAACAAAUCAGCAUUGCUGCUUACUAACUCUUAUUACAGUACAGCGGUGAGCCACUAGUGCUCUGAUCAGCAUUUAUUGGUCUGCUGACCAAUUUAUGUAUCUACGUUGUGUAGGUAAGAGUAUUAUUGUGCCUCAACACAUGGAAGUCACUUUGUGUGUCCCACACACAUACCAACAAACCCAAAUGUAUAUACAUGUGUGAGAACACACAUUCCACACACAUACACACACACACACACAUAACACACACAGAGUGGUCAGGGAUUAUUUCAGGAUGAAUUCAGACUGUUUGGGCUGUGUUAUAAGUUGACAUAGAGCUAGUUGGUGUCCAUUUUGUCUCGAUAUGUGACAUCUGUUUUGUCCUCCUUAGUCCACUGAUAGUUUCAGGUCUCCUCUUACUAGUAGCAUCUCUCCCAACACUGACAGUGUUAAUAUAACUACAGUGGAAGACCAGUGACCCUCUCAGGACGAGGUCCUUUAAAGCUUGAGUAGAAAGGUAGGUUUGUUGAAAGCAUUGCUUUGUACCACCCAUAGGAUCUAAUUAAAUCAACGGACACUGACAGUUUGGAGCUGUGUGAUGAUGCUAUGCUGUUCUUUUUCGCCUAGUAUACUGUUCUUGUAACACAUGUAUAAAUUUUUGUCUUUGGCUGUGGUGUGAUGCUGAAAUGUCAGAUUUAAUAUUUGCAUGCAUGCUCCCAACAGAGCCUUUUGUGAAUGGAUGAGAUUUUUUGAAAACAUUUUUCCAAACGCGUUUUUUUUGUUUUGUACAGGAUUUUGUGCAAGUGUUUUGUGCUUAAUUUUUGAUAUUCACGAUCAUGUUAUCUUAAUUCUGAUGAACAACAUGAUUGUGUCUAUUAAGACCUGGAACACACCUGUAACCUCACGGUGGAACAGGAGUUCCCUCCUGCAUUUACCCCCCCCUCAACA